AGUUCGGCCGGGAGGGUGUGAGGGCGGUUAUGGCAGCCACGUUCUUCGGAGAGGUGGUGAGGGCGCCGUGCCGAGCCGGGACGGAGGACGAGGAGGAGGAGGAAGAGGAGGGGAGGAGGGAGACGCCCGAAGACGGGGAGGUCCGGCAGCAACUGGCGCGGAAGAGGGAGGUGCGGCUCCUUCGAAGACAAACAAAAACAACUUUGGAAGUUUCUCUGCUAGAAAAAUAUCCUUGCUCCAAGUUUAUAAUUGCUAUAGGAAAUAAUGCAGUAGCAUUUUUGUCAUCAUUCAUCAUGAAUUCAGGAGUCUGGGAAGAAGUUGGUUGUGCUAAACUCUGGAAUGAAUGGUGUAGGACAGUGGACACUACACACCUGUCCCCCACAGAGGCUUUUUGUGUGUUUUAUCACCUAAAAUCGAAUCCCUCGGUUGUGCUCUGUCAAUGUAGUUGCUACGUUGCUGAAGAUCAGCAGUAUCAGUGGCUGGAAAAGGUUUUUGGCUCUUGUCCAAGGAAGAAUAUGCAAGUAACUAUUCUUACAUGUCGACAUGUUACUGACUAUAAAACUUCAGAAUCUACCAGCAGUCUUCAUACUCCUUUCCUGAAAGCCCUAAAAACACAGAAUUUCAGAGAGCCUCUUUGCUGUUCACUGCUAGAACAACCAAAUAUCGUGCAUGACCUUCCUGCAGCAGUUCUGAGUUAUUGUCAAGUAUGGAAAAUCUCUGCAAUUCUGUACUUAUGUUAUACUGAUGUGAUGAAAUUAGACCUAAUCACAGUUGAAGCUUUUAAGCCUGUACUUUCUUCCAGAAGCUUGAAAAGUUUGGUUAAGAAUAUUCCCCAGAGCACAGAGAUACUGAAGAAAUUGAUGACAACAAAUGAGAUUCAGAGUAACAUUUACACAUGAUUCCAAAGAUUGUUUUGUAGAGUAUAUUACCCAUCCAUUCCUAGAAGGGGAGCGGCGUGCACUGUUUUGUAGGUUACUUUUUUUUCAGGGAGGUAUUUUGAGGAUGUUAACAGAAUAAACUUAUUUUAAAUUCA